GCGCUCCCCGGGGCGGUGCCGCUGACGCGCGGGGCGGGCGGCGGAAGCGGCGGCAGCGCCGCGGUUGUCCCGGUGACCAACGCCGGGGCCAUGGGCGAGCCGGGCCCGGACGAGGGCGCCGAGAACACGUACAGCCUGCGGCCCAGCCUCCAGCACCGAUUUAAGCCAUCCACAGUAAAAGAAUGCAUCCGUGCGAUACUGAAGGAGAAGCUGGCCGACGUACAGUACAUCCCAGAAGAAAUGCCUGAGCUUACCAAGUCUUUAUCAGAGAUAAUAACAAACAGACUGAAAGAGGAAGGAUUUGACAGGUACAAGAUGGUAGUGCAGGUUGUCAUUGGAGAGCAGAGAGGAGAAGGAGUGAACAUGGGUGCACGAUGUUUCUGGGAUGCUGACACUGACAGCUGCGCUCACGACGUGUUCAUGAACGACAGCCUGUUUUGUGUGGUGGCUGCAUUUGGCUGCUUCUACUAUUGAAGGUGACAAACAUUGCACAGAAGGAUGGACAUUGGGGAGAAUGCUUUGGAGUACUUUUUUAAGUGCACAAAAGCAUCAUAUUCUUCCUUUGGUACAUAACACAAUAAACAGAUCUACGAAGCACAUCCUACAGCUGUUCUACACACUACAACAUUCCUUCUUCAUUGUGGAUAUUGAUAUAGCUUUAAGCACAAUAUUAAUAUUAUUAUUAUGUCCUUUAUUUAAAUGUCCCUUUGUUUUUUAUAUAGUGUUGGUUUUGUCCUAAAAGGGUAUUGCCAAUAGCCAUUGCUUCUAAGACAAACUCAACGUCUGUCUCAAAAGGGUUCUGUUAUUUUUAUUUCUAUGAAAUUAAUGAAACAUUUAUAAGAAAAAAACAUAAUAAAUCUAUAUAUUUAA